AUGGAGGUGCUGCUCCUAGGCAGCCUACUGUGUCUUGCCAGUAUAGCAUCAGGCAAUAUCUUUGAAUAUGAAGUAGAUUCCCAGCCCUUGCGCCCUUGUGAACUUCAGAGAGAGCAGGCAUUCUUGAAGAAAGAGGAUCACAUCCCUCAAUGCCUAGCAGAUGGCAGAUUUCGGAAUGUACAAUGCAGCAACAAUGGCCUUUCAUGCUGGUGUGUGGAUGCUGAAGGAACAGAGGUGCCAGGCAGUAAGCAGGCUGGAUUGCCAGAUGCCUGUCUAUCCUUUUGCCAACUCCACAAACAAAAGAUCUUGGUAAGCAGCUACAUCAAUAGCACUGCCACCUCCUACCUCCCUCAGUGUCAAGAUUCAGGAGAAUAUGAGCCAGUGCAGUGCGAUCUGGCCAGGGUGCAGUGCUGGUGUGUGGAUUCUGAAGGAAUGGAAGUAUAUGGUACCCGGCAGCAAGGGAAGCCAACAAGAUGCCCAGGAAGCUGUGAGAUCAGGAAUCGUCGUAUCCUUCAUGGCGUGGGAGAAAAGUCACCUCCUCAGUGUUCAUCUGAUGGAGAGUUUAUGCCAGUCCAGUGCAAAUUCGUCAACACCACAGAUAUGAUGAUUUUUGACCUGGUUAAUAGCUACAAUAGGUUUCCAGAGGCAUUUUUGACAUUCAGUUCCUUCAGAAGCAGAUUCCCAGAAGUCUCAGGAUAUUGCUACUGUGCUGACAGUCAGGGACGGGAAUUGGCAGAGACAGGAUUAGAGUUACUGCUGGAUGAAAUUUAUGACACCAUUUUUGCUGGUCUGGAUCCUGCUUCCACCUUCACAGAAACCACCCUAUACCGGAUACUCCAGAGACGGUUUCUAGCAGUUCAAUUAGUCAUCUCUGGAAGAUUCCGUUGUCCAACAAAGUGUGAGGUUGAGAGGUUGGCAGCAAUUAGCUUUCAACAUUCCUAUAUGCCAUCCUGCAAGGACAAUGGCGAAUACCAACCUGUACAAUGCCAAAAGGAAAGACUAUGCUGGUGUGUGGAUGCCAAAGGAAAAGAAAUCUCUGGGACACGACAGCAGGGGAAGUUACCAUCCUGUGGUGCAGAAAGAUCUUGUGUCUCCGAGAGGCAGCAGGCUUUGUCCAAACUCUUCUUUGGACCUGGUGGACACUUCAGUCAACACAGUUUAUUCUUUGCCCCAGAAGAAAGGCAAGAACCUCAGAAGGUUGCUAGGUUUGCCAAGACCUGUCCUCCUUUCUUCAAAGAGCUGUUUGUAGACUCUGGGCUGUUGCUCCCUUUCACUGAAAGGGAAGGUGCUACUCAAUUCUUCACCUUGGAAACUUUCCUCAGUGAAGCUUUUGGGGUGCUGUUUCCCUCCAGGGACCUAGCUCUGCUUGCUCUCCAGUUCACCACAGACCCAAAGCGACUCCAACAAAACCUUUUUGGAGGGAAAUUCUUGGAGAACAUAAGCCGAUUUAACUUAUCGGGGGCCAUUGGUGCCAGGAGUACAUUUAACUUUACCCAAUUUUUUCAGCAAAUUGGUCUACAAGGAAUCAAGAACAGAGGAGAUUUAGUUGAACUGACCCAACAGCUAUCAGCUGGCCCUGAUGAGGUUCUUGCAAAUUCAAAGGAAAGGUUGACUCUGAAUCAAUCAAUUGUGGGCAGUUUGGGCCAGAAGGUUAAUUUACAGGAUAACCAAAACAAGUUAAAAUUUCUCUCCUCUAUUAUGGAGCUGCCAGAGUUUCUUCUUUUCUUGAAGGGUGUGAUUUCUGUCCCAGAGAAUAUAGCCAGAAGUCUAGGGGAUGUCAUAAAAAUGGCCCUUGAAUCCCAGGCCUGUGAACAGCCAUCCAGAGAGCUGUUUGUUCCUACAUGCACUGAUGGGGGCAAUUAUGACCAAGUUCAGUGCUUUGCUGGAGAGUGCUGGUGUGUGGAUCCCCAGGGCCGAGAGCUCCGAGCUUCAAGGAUCCGAGGCCAACGACCCAGGUGUCCCUCUGAAUGUGAGAAACAAAGGGAAUGGGCACAAGUUUUCAUGAGAAGCCUGCCUGCAGGGUCAAGUCUUUCUGUCCCUUCCUGUUCCAGUGAUGGAAGUUUCCUCCCAGUUCAGUGCUCUGAUUCAGGUUGUUACUGUGUUGAUUCUGAGGGUCAAACCAUUCCUGGAACUGAAAAGAUGAAUGGAGAAUCCAAGCAAUGUCCAACUACUUGUCAGUUGGCAGCAGAGCAAAUGUUCUUAUGGACAGCCCGGACUCUCCUGGGUGAGCCCAGCCUGUUGCCCCAGCUCUCUGACAUCUACAUCCCUCAAUGUAAUUCCAGAGGUCAGUGGAAAAGGGUGCAGUGCAAUGGGCCUCCUGAGCAAGCCUUCCAGUGGUACCAGCGGUGGAUCACCCAGAACAAUGGUGGCCAAGAGCUGCCCCUAGCUGAAGUAAUCCAAAGGAUGAUGAGCUAUAAAGAAGCAUCCUCUGAGGCCUUCAGCAUCUUCAUUGAAAAACUGUAUGAAGCUGGCCAUCAAAAUAUCUUCCCAAUACUCACUGAUUACUCUUCCUUCCAAGCUGUGCCAAUUGAAGUGUUGGAUGGCAAUGUGACAAUGGCUGGAGAUAACAUUCUUUUUGACCCAUUCACAUUCUGGCAGCUACUGACUGGGAAGCUCAGUCGUUAUCCUGGGCCCUAUACAGAUUUCAGCUCCCCCUUGGGCCAUUUUGAGCUCAGAAAUUGUUGGUGUGUAGAUGAGAAUGGACAAGAACUUAAAGGAACUCAAGUUGAAACCAACAAAGUCCCUGCAUGUCCUGGUGCAUGCGAGGAGGUGAGACUCCAAGUCAUUCAGUUCAUUGAGGAAUCAGAAGAAAUCAUCAGGGCUUCCAACAGCUCUCAAUUUGCCUUGGGGGAGAGUUUUCUGAUGGCUAAGGGAAUCCUGCUGAGUGAUGAAGAGCUGUCCCGUCCUCUCUCCUUCCCAUCCAAGGAGACAUUCUCAAACUCCAUGUUCCAUGGGAGUGAUUAUGCCCUCCGAGUAGCAGCACAGUCUACUUUAUCCUUUUAUCAGAGAAGCCAGUCUACUCUGGGAGACCCUGUGAAUGAAGCAACCAUCCUGGGAUAUCAUCCAUAUGUCCCGCAGUGUGAUGGAUUUGGUAACUGGGAGCCUCUCCAGUGCUCUGAAAGUACUGGACACUGCUGGUGUGUGGAUGAGAAGGGACAGUAUGUUGCAGACUCCUUGGCUGCUCGCUCCACAAGAUUGCCACAGUGUCCCUCAGUGUGUGAGAAAUCUCAGACUAAUGGGUUGAUUUCCAAUUGGGAACAAGGUAGUGCUGAAGGCAAUGCUUCUCCAGGAGACCUAUUCACCCCAUCCUGCCUAGAGACAGGAGAAUACAACCGGCUACAGGAAUCAGAGAGCAAUACCUGGUGUGUCAACCUGGCAUCUAGGGAGGGCACCCGACUUGGUGAACUCCCUUCUAACAGCAGCAACCCGUGCCCUAGCACUUGUAACACAUUAAUGGAAAAAGCCAACUUGAGGGAAGUUGGCAGUGGAUAUAUCCCUACUUGUGAAGGAAGGGACGGACGUUUCUCGCCAGUGCAGUGUGACCUGGAUCAGGAGAGCUGCUGGUGUGUGCUUGCAAAUGGCGAGGAGGUGCCAGGAACACGAGUCCAUGGAGGCAGACCCUCAUGUGAAAGUCCACAGUGUCCUCUCCCAUUUAGUGCCUCUGAUGUAGUCCAUGGAGUAGUCCUUUGUGAGAAGGGGACUGACAAAAGACAGGCUGUUCAGCAAUGCCAGCUUAUAUGUCGCCAGGGCUAUCACCUUGCUUUGCCUCGUGGACCAUUUGCAUGUAAUAUAGAGAGCCAGCGCUGGAUUUCAGAGCCCCCUCUGCCCCAAGCUUGUCAGAAGCUCCAAUUGUUGCAGACCGUGCAAACCCAAGUACAGUUCCAUCUUCAGCUUCCCCCAGGGAAGAUGUGCAGUUCUGACUACUCUGGCUUACUCCAGGCUUUCCAAAGUUUUAUACUGGAUGAACUAAAGGCCCGAGGAUUCUGCCAGAUUCAGGGGAACACAUUUGGGGCUGUUUUCUCUUUUCCCGUCUGCGAUGACUCUACGGUGCAGGUGGAGUGUCUGACUGGGGAGCGCCUAGGAGUGAACGUUACAUGGAGCUCCCAGCUAGAGGACAUCCCAGCAACCUCUUUUCCUGACUUCCAUGAUAUUGAAAAGGCCUUCAUGGGAAAUGACCUUGUUGGACGCUUUGCAAAGUUGAUUCAGAGUGGUGGUUUCCAGCUUUAUUUGGAUUCUAAGAUAUUCCCAGCAGACACUACCAUACGAUUCCUCCGAGGAGGUGACUUUGACACAUCUCCAGCUAUACAAUUUGGAUGCAAGAAAGGAUUCCAAAAGAACUCACCCCAAGGCAAAACGGUUCUGGAUUUGCCAGGAUGUGUUAUCUGCCCUGAAGGCAGCUACUUUCAGAAUGAAGAAUGUGUCCCCUGUUCUCCUGGAUUCUACCAAGAGCAGCCAGGCAGCUUGGCCUGUGUCCGGUGUCCUGCAGGCAGAACAACCAUUUCAAUUGGAGCUUUCAGUCAAAGUCACUGUGUUACUGAUUGCCAGAAGAAUGAUCUGGGACUGCAGUGUGACGAUGAUGGUGCUUACAGUCCUAGCCAGAGAGACCCAAGUGGCAGGGGAGCCUUCUGUGUGGACAGUCUUGGAAAGACAUUGGCUUGGACAGAAACAGAUGGUUCUUUGACCAGUUCCCAAUGCCUAAUGCUACGGAAAUUUGAACAAGCCCCAGAAUCUAAGGUAAUCUUCAGUGCCAGUGAUGCUUUGGUGGUUCAAUCUAAAACCAUGAAAGGAGAAUUUCCACUGAUGCAGUGCCUCUUGGAUUGUUCUCUUGAUGAGGCUUGUAGCUUCCUCACAGUGACAGUGGCUGGAUCCGAUGCUGUAUGUGAUUUCUACGCUGGCACAGAUGUCAAUAUUGAUUGCAUAGCUUCCAACCAGGAACAAGGUGCCCUGGGAAAUGCUGCUGCCACCAGCUUUCAACAUCUGAACUGUCUUCUUAAAGUGAAGAAUGAUGAUAAAGCAUCUGUGACUGUAUAUUUGAAGAAAGGGUAUGAAUUUACUACAUCUGGUCAGAAAACAUUCGAGAAGACGAAUUUCCAGAAUACUCUCUCUGGAGUCUACAGAUCCAUUAUGUUCUCAAUUGAUGGAGCAAAUCUGAUGGAUACUCAUCUCUACUGCCACUUGGCCUGUGAUGGAGAACCCUGCUGUGAUGGCUUCAUUCUCACUCAGACCUUGCUUGGAGGGGGUACUAUCCUCUGCUCACUUAUAAGCUCCCCAGAUGUCCUGAUCUGCAAUAAAAAUGACUGGAGGUCUUCUUCAGAGAACCAAGGUGACAGCAUAUGUGAUAAUAUGAAAUAUGACCCAAGGAAGAAGCAGUUUUUAUUGAGCCUGGGAGGGCAAGCAUUCACAGGAAGUUCUGAACUUUUUGAAGGAAUUGAAGGUCCCUUUAUAAGUUUCCAAGAAGUCUAUCUCUGGAAAGACUCAGAUGUGGCCACUCGGACAAAGUCUACAGAAUGUAGCCUGGAUGCGGUUCAAGGACAGGGCCCUCCACCAAUACCAGAUUCAACAAUGGAACUUUUCUCCCAAGUGAAUACAGAGAGGGUUGUCAUAGAUGGAAACAGAACUGUGCCCAGCCAACAACACUGGCUCUUCAAGCUCCAGUUUUCAGCCCAGCAGGCAAAGCUGUGGUGUCUCUCUCGCUGUGCUCAGGAGAACACGUUCUGUCAGCUGGCAGAAGUCCAGAACACCAGCAGUGGGGAUUUCACUUGCACACUCUUCCCAGAAGCUCAGACAUGUGACAAUUCCCUUACGUUCACACCUGAGAGCUGCAUGUUUGUUCUUCCCUACAGACCACAGACCCUUUUCCAUAAAAAAGUCAUCUUGGGAGACAAAGUGACAAACUUUUAUAUUCGUCUGCCAUUCCAAGAACUGAGGGGGAUAUCUGUAAGAAGCAAAAUAUCCAUGACAAGAAAACCCCUUUCCAAUGGGUUCUUUGAAUGUGAACGAAGGUGUGAUGCUGAUCUUUGCUGCAAAGGCUUUGGCUUUCUCAAUGUUUCCCAGAGAGAAGGAGGAGAGCUGAUGUGCCUGACUCUGAGCCAUCUAGGAUUCCAGACAUGCAGUGAAGAAGCCACAGGCACCUGGCGUAUUUUGGACUGUAGCUCUCCUGAUGUCGAAGUCAGAACAUAUCCCUUUGGCUGGUACCAGAAACCUGUGGUUCAAGCUGAUGCUUCCAGCAUGUGCCCAUCUUCCCUUCUGCCUUCCCCCCUAGAGAAAGUCUCUUUGGACUCAUGGCAAUCGUUGGACAUCUCUUCAGCUCUGAUUGAUCCAUCUAUCAUGAACUUUGAUAUAGCCCACAUCAGUACAGAUGCUUCCAAUAACUUCUCUGCUGCCAGAGACCUCUGCCUGUCAGAAUGUUCCCAGAAGCCAGCCUGCCACAUCACAACCCUGCAGAUCCAGCCUUCAACUGUCCGGUGUGUGUUUUAUCCAGACACCCAGAGCUGCGCUCACAGCCUACAGGGCCACAGCUGCCGACUCUUGCUCCGGGAGGAGGCCACCUACAUUUAUAGGAAGAAGCGAGGUGUCUCCAUGCGAAGUUCUAGUACAGACCCAGUCACGGUGUUCAUUGGUACCCAAGGGACUCUGAAGGGCAAAUCUGAGGCAAUUCAAGUGGGUGCUGAGUGGAAACGAAUCAUCCAGUUCUUUGGAGUUCCAUAUGCAGCCCCACCACUGGCACAAAGGCGAUUCAGUGCCCCAGAGUCAUUUAACUGGACUGGGACUUGGGAAGCCACUGUGCCACGGGCCAAGUGUUGGCAGCCUGGAUUUGGAAAGACUUCAUCAUCUUCCACUGUCAGUGAAGACUGUUUGUACCUGAAUGUGUUUGUCCCUCAAAAUCUUGGCCAGAAUGCAUCUGUGCUAGUGUUUUUCCACAAUGCUGAUGAAAAUGGCAGGAGGAGGUCACAGCUAGACCUGGAAGGAUCUUUCCUUGCUGCAGUUGGAGAUAUCAUUGUGGUUACUGCAAACUAUCGAGUUGGCAUCUUUGGUUUCCUGAGCACUGGGUCUAAGGAAGCCAGUGGAAACUGGGGCCUGUUGGAUCAGGUAGCAGCUCUGAAAUGGGUACAGGCUCACAUUGGAAGCUUCGGUGGAGAUCCCCGCAAAGUGUCGGUGGCAGCAGAUCGAGGUGGUGCUGACAUUGCCAGUAUCCACCUUGUGACAACCACUGCCAACUCUAGACUCUUCAAAAGAGCGAUACUGAUGGGUGGCUCAGUCCUCUCUCCUGCAGCAACAAUUAGCCAGAAAAGGGCUCAAGAACAGGCAGCAGCUCUCGCCGGGGAAGUCAACUGUCCAACCUCUCCUGAAGGUGAUAUGAUGUCCUGCCUCCGCCAGAAACCUGCUGACAUCCUCAAUAAUGCUCAAACCAAGCUCUUGGCAAUAAGUGGCCCAUUUCAUUACUGGGGACCAGUGGUUGAUGGUGUCUAUCUCCAAGAGACUCCAACUAGAACAUUACAGCGAUCUCCAAGGAUGAAAGUGGAUGUGCUCAUUGGAAGUGCCCAACGAGAUGGGCUGAUCAACAGAGCAAAGGCCAUUAAGAAAUUCGAAGAGAGUCAAGGCCGAACCAGUAGCAAAACAGCCUUUUACCAAGCUCUUCAGAAUUCCCUGGGUGGAGAGAACUCGGAUGCCAGCAUUGAAGUGGCAGCGACUUGGUAUUAUUCCCUUGAGCAUUCAACUGAAGAUUACUCAUCAUUCUCCAGGGCACUGGAAAAUGCAACUCGGGACUACUUUAUCAGCUGCCCCAUUAUUGACAUGGCUAGUCACUGGGCAAGGGCAACCCGAGGGAAUGUCUACAUGUACUACGUGCCUGAAACCUACGCUCAGAACAGCCUAGAGUUGCUGGCUGAUGUCCAAUAUGCCUUUGGACUACCCUUCCAUCCUCAGUACAAACAACAGUUUACUCUGGAAGAAAAAAACCUGUCAUUGAAAAUAAUGCAGUAUUUCAGCAAUUUCAUCAAGACAGGAAAUCCCAAUUAUCCUUAUGACUUCUCUAGGAAGAUACUAGAGACUACAGCCUUGUGGCCAGAAUUCCUACCCCACACUAAUGGCGAUAACUACAAAGAAUUCAGUCCUGGACUUCCAAACCAGCGGGGAUUGAAAAAAGCCGAAUGUUCCUUCUGGUCUAAGUACAUCCAAACACUGAAAGCAUCUACAGGUGAAGCUGAGAGCCAACAGCCAUUGGUGGCAGAAGAGGAGCUUGGGUCUGUGGAGCUCCAAUCACACCUCGGUGUCCCUGAGGAGGGUCAAAAAAGCUACAGCAAAUAACGAGAAUGUCACACUGAGAAUCAUUGAUUUAAAUCAUAUUUGGCUAUUUCUCAUAGCUACAAAGAUCGUCUCUCUUUCUCCCCCAUCACUGUGCCACCUUUAUGUCUCUAAUAACAAUUCAUCAUGCAUGAAUAAAUAAAUUUGCAUAAACAAAUAAUAA